AUGGAGAAGAUGAUGCCAAAGGCCGUUUGUCGUAAAGAGCAGCUCACUGGGUCCGUUCCUAAGAACUACCAGCACAUCCUGGCUUUGCUGCUUGCUGUCAAAGAGAUCAAUGAGAACCCCCAAAUCCUACCCAACAUCUCUUUGGGCUUCCACAUCCUCAACAGCUACUAUGUGGCAAGGAAGACAUACAAAGCCAGCCUGAGCCUCCUUUCCACACAACACAGGUUUGUUCCCAACUACAAGUGUGAUACUCAGAGUAAACUGAUAGCUGUCAUUGGCGGACUUGCUACUGAAACCUCUGCCAACAUGGCUAGCAUUUUUGCCACCUACAAGAUCCCACAGACAUUUGCCCAUUUCAUUGCAGAGCUUUUAACCUUUUAUUCCCAUUGUGUUUCCUUUUCUCAUUCACUCAAGCUGCAUAACUAUAUAGGGAGCAUCUUGUUCAACAACAGCGUCGGCGAGAGUGUAGCUUUUGAUGAAAAUGGAGAACUGAUUGCAGAUUUUGAUGUUACAAACUGGGUCACGUUCCCCAACGGCUCUUUCGUUAGAGUAAAAGUUGGAAGAUUGGCUCCUCGGGAUCCUUCAGGCAAAGAGUUAACAAUUAAUGAUGAGCAAAUCGAGUGGCAUAGAAGUUUUAACCAGGUGGUGCCCCUUUCUGUGUGCAAUGACUACUGCUAUCCUGGCUACAGCAGGAAAAAGAAGGAAGGGGAGAAAUUUUGUUGCUAUGAUUGUGCUCCAUGUCCUGAAGGGUUGAUCUCUCACCAGAUGGACAUGGCUGCCUGUGUCAAAUGUCCGGAAGAGGAGUACCCAAAUAAAGGACAAAAUCAGUGCAUUCCCAAGGUGUCCAGCUACCUCUCCUAUAAAGAACCUUUAGGAAUCACUCUGGCCAUCUUGGUUGUUUCUUUCUCUUUGAUUACAACCUCAGUACUUGGGAUUUUCAUGAAGCACAGGGACACUCCCAUAGUCAAAGCCAACAACCGGACCCUCACCUACGUUCUCCUCAUUUCCCUCCUGCUUUGCUUCCUCUGCUCCUUCCUCUUCAUUGGGCAGCCUGGAAAGGCAACCUGCCUUCUCCGACAAACGGCUUUUGGCAUGAUCUUCUCUCUGUCCCUUUCCUCUGUUUUGGCAAAAACCAUCACGGUGGUUCUGGCAUUCAUGGCCACAAAACCAGGAUCCAGAAUGAGACAGUGGGUGGGGAAAGGACUGGCCAAUUCCAUUGUCCUUUCUGGUUUAUUUAUUCAAGCAAACAUUUGCAUAAUUUGGCUGAUUACUUCUCCUCCGUUCCCAGAUGAGGACAUGAACUCCCUGAAAGAGGAAAUCAUCGUGCAAUGUAAUGAGGGAUCAGCUUCCAUGUUUUACUGUGUCUUGGGAUACAUGGGCUUCCUGGGCAUUGCCAGUUUCACAGUGGCUUACUUUGCCAGGAAGUUGCCUGACAGUUUCAAUGAAGCCAAGUUCAUCACUUUCAGCAUGUUGGUGUUUUGCAGUGUUUGGUUGUCCUUUAUUCCAACGUACCUGAGCACCAAAGGGAAAUACAUGGUGGCUGUGGAGAUCUUCUCCAUCUUAUGCUCCAGUGCUGGAUUGCUGGGUUGCAUUUUUUCCCCCAAAUGCUACAUCAUUAUCUUAAGACCUGAGCUGAACAACAAGGAACAUUUGACAAGGAGAGAAAAGUAAAGAAUUUAAGCUUAUAAAUUUUUGCUGCUUCAUGUG